CGUUAAUUACUUGUAUGUGCACAAGUUCCUAGGAGCAUUUACCAUUCGCAUUGAAAAUACUUGAAGAAAUCAGUUGGUCAACGUUUUUACAACGAUGAAAUACUUUGCAGUUGCUGUGGUCUUUGGACUGUUUGCCUUGUCGCAAGCAUUACCAGUCGAGGAAUCCAAGGAGAAAAGACUCUUCUUUAACAAGGAAACUCUCAUGAAGGUUGUUGGUCUUGCCAAAGGCGCAUGCGUAAAGCUAGGAGAUUCGCAUCAGAUAGUCACAAGAGCUUGUCAUUGUCUCGACGCCGCCACUGAUAUUGCUGGAAUGCUCGGCGAUGAAAACAUCAGCGAGGAUGAAAAGCGAUUCCUGUUUAAAGUAGACUACAAGUAUUGGCUUGGAAAGUUGUCAGACGCUAUCGACAAACUUUGCAAAGGCGCAUCAUCAGAUUAUGAAAAUGUGUGCAAAUGUAUCAGUUUCAAAGUCUGAGUGAGGUAUGGAAACAUGCAGCAACUAUAUAUCUAAAAGAAUUAAACAGUAGAACUAGAUGUAAAGUUUAAUUCCAUGUGUUGCUGAAAUUCUGAAACUCAAUAAAAAGCAUUUAAAAAUAAAA